AUGUCUGGCAAGGGUAAAGCUACUGGUGGUCGCGGCAAGAAGGGCAAGUCCUCGUCCCGCUCCUCGAAGGCCGGCCUUCAAUUCCCCGUCGGUCGUGUCGCCCGUUUCUUGAAGAAGGGCCGCUUCUCUCAACGUAUCGGUGGCGGCGCCCCCGUGUACCUCGCCGCCGUGUUGGAAUAUCUGUGCGCCGAAAUCUUGGAACUUGCCGGUAACGCCGCUCGCGACAACAAGAAGUCCCGCAUCAUCCCCCGCCACAUCCAAUUGGCCGUCCGCAACGACGAAGAAUUGAACAAGUUGUUGGGCGAUGUGACCAUCGCGUCGGGCGGUGUGUUGCCCAACAUCCACAACAUCUUGUUGCCCAAGAAGUCCGCUUCGGAAGGCAAGGCUACCAAGGCCGACAAGAAGUCUGCUUAAGUGUGCACUCUUCCCCCUGUCGUGUCAAUCGACCGGCAUACAUUCCCUGGCUUUUUUCAAAGCCACCCUCAUCUCGAGAAAUGCGUCCACUCACUUCCUUCUUUG